AGGGAAAAGAGAAUUGCAGAGAAGGAACUGACUGACAGAAACUGGGAUCAGGAGGAUGAAGCUGAGGAGGUGGGAACAUUCUCAGUAGCUAGCGAAGAAGUUCUGAAGAACAGAGCUAUUAAAAAAGCAAAACGCCGAAAUGUUGGAUCAGAGUCUGAAAGUGGAGGAGCUUUUAAAGGGUUUAAAGGCUUUAUAUUGCCUUCUGGAAAAGGAGGAGGUGGCUUCAGCGGAUUUGGUAAUGGUGCAGGAAUAAAGCCUUUAGAAGGGCUGUCUAAUGGAAGCAGUAGUGUCUCUAGCACUCCUUCUUUCAGCAGUUUAAAGACCACCUCCGAAACACAAUCGGCAUUUGGAUCAACAAUGUCAAAUGGUCCUACUACUACUGCGUUUACUGAGAAAAAGGCUGCAAGCCCAAAAGCUAAUGGUGGCAGUCAACCAUCUUCAUCUGGCUAUGCUCAGAGUAAAGUUUGUAGCUCUAGUGUUUACCACAAACAGUUAGCAGCUUUAAACUGUUCUGUGCGUGACUGGAUAGUUAAGCAUGUAAACACAAACCCACUAUGCGACCUGACACCCAUCUUUAGAGACUAUGAGAAGUAUUUAGCAAAUAUUGAACAGCAACAUGGAAGCAGUAGUGACAGUGGCUCUGAAAAUGAAAGCAACAAGACACCUGGCUCUCAGCCUGUUUCUACGUUUGGGAAUUCAAAGGUACAGCAAGGAUCAACUUUUUUGUUCAACAACAACAAAACUGAGGAUCCCUUGGACAAAAAACCCGAAGCUGCAUCUGAAAAAAAAGACCCAUUGUUAGGAGCUACAUCAACCGUCUCAUUUAAUUUUGGCAAGAGUGUCGACAGUUCUGUUUUGGGUUCCCUUGGUUCAGGAACGCUUAGCAGUUUCUCAUUUUCUCCUGGGAAUUCAGGUUUGUUUGGAAAAGAUGGAAACCCGGCUAAGUCUGUCACUGCAGUAUCCACCAAUGUAUUGGAAGCUCAGACAGAAAGUGGCAAUAGCGAUGAUAAAGGAGGAGAAGAGGAGGAAGAAGAGCCACCAAAAGUCAUUGUUAAUGAAAUAAAAGAGGAUGAUGCUUUCUACUCAAAGAAGUGCAAACUGUUCUACAAAAAGGAUAAUGAAUUUAAAGAAAAAGGUGUAGGAACAUUACACUUAAAACCAGCAGGAAAUGAAAAAACUCAACUCCUAGUUCGAGCGGAUACCAAUUUAGGAAACAUACUGUUGAAUGUUCUAAUUCCACCUAAGAUGCCAUGUACAAGAACCGGAAAAAACAACGUUCUUAUAGUUUGUGUUCCUAAUCCACCGAUUGAUGAGAAGAAUCCAGCUGUUCCUGUCACUAUGUUAAUAAGGGUGAAAACAAGUGAGGAUGCAGAUGAGUUGCACAAAAUCUUACUGGAGAAAAAGGAGGCUUAAAUAAGUUGCAGUCAGUGAUUUAAGGAAUUAUUGCCAAACUGCUGCUGCUCUUUUUUUCUUCCAUAACUUCACUUGAACACUUAACUCUUUACUCUGGUAUUAAGAACUGUUAUAGGAAUUCUGGAAAAAUUCUGUGAGGAAAAGCUAAACUAGCUAAUAAAAGCUUUAAUAGAACACAAGCGUUGGACUGUGCUCCCUCAUUUUUCAACAUCUAAAUGCAGGACCUCUUCUGGAUAAAGCAUAUUGAUUUACGUUAAAGCACGUGUUUUUAACACCAGUUGAUUUGACAGAAUGGACUGAAAUCAGAGUACAAAAAUAUGGUACCAGAGCUUCCUCACAGACUGCGGUGCAAUGCAACAACCUCCUGUUUUGAGAAGGGGGGAUGUUGAAGCUUAACUGUUGAAACUGUUUCUAGACUCCAGGUUUUUAAUUUUAAUUGGCCUGUCAUAUUCUGGUGAGACUAAUUUUUCAAACUGUCAGUGACAAUGUACCCCAACAACAAUGAUAUUAUAUAUAUUGUACUGUGUUUUAACUCUUACAGACUCGUGUGCUUUUGGGACUCGGAGACUGCAUCUCGAGAUAUUUAAAAGAAAAUUUGCUUGCGUAGUCUUGUUGACAGUAGUGUUUCUUAGAGAAGAACUGUCAGUUCUGUUCUUACCGUAGCAACAAGCUGAUGAUGUGCAAUAGUACAAGCAGACAACUGGAAGACUGUUUAUCUUGGACCACAACCACAGCUGGCAUUCGGCGACUUCUGACAAGUCAGAGGCAAAGGGUUGCCCUUCCAUUAUGGUCCCUCCGAGGUAUUCUUCUCUAGUCCUGUGGGCUAAAACUGAAACCCAGCAGAGGCGGAGUCGUAAAUGUUGUACUUGUCUCGCUACUAGUACUUUUCUGAAGAGAGCUCUUUUCACAAACAAAUUUCAGGAUUUUUAUAGAUCUUUAUAUUGCCUCUGGCCAUUACCAAGAAUACAUGCGUAAGUGUGUGUGCGUGUCAGUAAUUAUUUUUCCCGUGUGCUAAAACUGCAGUGCUUUACUGCAUUACAUUAAGUAAACCAGUAGUUUGCAGCUUUAGGACAAGCUUUCUGUGGCAAAAGUAGGGAGCACUGGGUUAAUCUAUAACUUGGCUUUCAGCUGUGUUAGAAUUAACCACGUGGCAAUAAUUUGUGGAUCAGAACAUCAUUCUGUUCUUGGUUUCCAUCUCAACUUUAUCACACCUUGUUUGGUUAUUUAAUCCUUUUCUUUUGCAAAUCUUGUUUGCUGGAAACUCCUUCCCUAAUUGUUUUUCUGCUUCACUUCCAGCUCUGGAAACUAUCCAAGAGCUAGAUGUUAAUAUUAAACUUGAGCUGCUCCCUGAACUGUCUCACUGACCAGCUCUGGGGAGAUGGAAGAAACACGGCAACCUCUCUCUGGCUGAUGCGGCACAGAGGAAAAAAUCCCGUUCUUUAAAAAAAGCAGCAUGAUGCAGUUCUCACAGGGGACCUGGAAAUCCACAACAGCGGCAUCCUGUGGGUGGGGAAAAAGUAGUAGCACCAUUUGAUUAGAUGCAGCACAUCCUACCUGCUGCUCUCUGGGGGGGAACAAACGGCUGCCUUUGGUCCUCAUUCACUGCACAAUUCAGGUUAUGGCCUUUUUUCCCCCUCUUAACUAAAAGAAGGAAAAACUUUAUAGGAUCUAUAGCCCUCUUGACCAAAGUUCAAAAACAAAGGCCUUUGCUCACAUCUCAGCUACACUGAGGUCACAGGAAUUGCAUUUUUAAGACUCAAGUGUAAAGGAAGCUUAGAUACGAUUUCAAAUAUUAUUUGAAAUACAAACUGGUGCCUUUUUUUUUUUUUGCAUCUGGCUCAGUACUUAACCAUUGAAAGUUGACGUUACGUUCCUCAAAAUAAUGUGCUUUUCUUUAAAAAAAAAAAAAAAGUCUUGCCGAUACCUAAAUUGGAGGCCAAAAGCCGAAGGCUUGCAUGUUAAUUGUGUAUGAAUGAAAA